AUGUCCACCUUCUACAGAGGCACCAUCGAGAGCAUCCUGUCCAGCAGCAUCACAGCGUGGUACGGCUCCUGCACCUCUUCCUGCCGCAGGACCUUCCAGCGCGUCGUGAAAGAAGCAGAAAGGAUUGUCGGUGUCUCUAUUCCCUCCCUCCAGGACAUCUACAGCACCCGCCUCACUCGCAAACCACUAUACAUUUCACUUCUGGAUGAUGUUUUGUCUUACAGACGGGAACUACAACAGGCCUUGUGCACCUACAGCACAGAUACCCUCACCUACAUCGACACGGUGAGAGAAUUCUGUCAAGUCUUCUCAAAAUGGAUUAUCUGGAGAGAGACGGAGUUAGAAAUGAUGAUGGACAUCAAAGACAGGAAAGACAAAAUCGGUAAGGCCUUUGGGGAAUAUCUAAAGAGCAAGGUAACCCUGAAUGAUGACGAAAGGCGUGCAGAGCUAGAGAAGGAGCUCGAUGAAGUGUUGAAGGACACUCUGGGAGGUUUGAAGAAGCUUGACUGUUUCCUGGAUGCAGUGGAGAAGCUGGCAGUCACCUCACUGCAUGUGUUCAUGGAGAACCAGGUGUUGCACCUGCCUGAAGAGAUCAGCUUUGAAUAUGUUCAGGUCAUCAUCGGUGCUGCACAGCAGAUCUGCCCUCUCCUCCUGGAGUUUAAAAGAGACGCAAGCAUCUUCUUCCUCCCCAAACUUCAGAAUGUGGAAGUGCUGGCAAAUCAGCUGGACAGAUACAUACAGACCACCAAAACCAUGUGUGAGAAGCUGGACAAAAGCUGUUUCAGUGACUUUUGCCUGGAAACAACUGUGGAAACUGUUGUGGAGCUCGAUGUGGAUUUGUCUGAAGAUGACGUACGAAGGAUGCUUGAUCACAUCAAUCAGCUUGAGGAAAUUAGGAGGAACCAGUCCUUCCGGAUGGUGUGCUUGUUCCAGGAAGUGUCCUGUUCAGACUUCAUCAGUCAGUUCGAAGAGCGAAAGCCCAGGAUGCUGGAGUUUCUACACCAGAUGGAGGAGAUUGCUGUUCAGCUGGACAGGAUGAAUAAGGGUGCAAAGAUCUCCAGUGUGGCAGGCAGCUCAGUGGGGGCGGUUGGAGGUGUGCUGUCCAUUGUUGGCUUGGCAUUGAUUCCUUUCACAGCUGGAGUUUCUUUGGCUCUGACAAUGACCGGGGUUGGGCUGGGAAUGACCAGUGCAGUCAACAGUGCUGUCACCACCUUCACAGAGAUGGGAGUAAAUGCUACGCAACAAAAGAAAGCUGGUGAAACCUUUGAGGGCUUCAUGAAGGAUAUGCAGAGUCUCCAGGAAUGUCUGGAGAAGGUGGUAAAUCAACCAGUUACCAAAAUGGAAGCAAAUGACGUAGAUGUAGCUGUGGGAGUAACAGUGGCACUUGGUAAAGUUGGUGCUGAUGCGCUUGUUGAUGGUGCCUCUGUUCUGAGGGUGUUAAAAGUGGAAGAGGUUGCAGCAAGUGCUGGUAAACUGGUGGCUCAGGAAGGGAAAGCCUUGCGUAACGUUCCCAGGGUGGCUGCAGAUAUCCCAGAUAUUGGUCAGGCUGCAGUCAAAGGGCCUCUUGCACUCACCAAGACCGCAAGGGCCGGAUUCAUCGUAGCCAACGCUUUCUUCCUUGGCAUGGAUAUCUUCUUCAUCUGCAAAGACAGCAUCAGUCUGUCUAAAGGCAGUGAGACUGAAGUCUCAAAGCUCAUCAGAGCCAGAGCUGCUCUGUGGAGCUCAGAGAUGGACUCAUGGCAGAAGAUCCAUGACUCUCUGCAUGAAGGCCAGCCGACAUCAGAGAAAAAGAAAAUUGUCCUGGAGACACCAUUUUAUCCAGAGAUGUAGACAGACAGCAGAACAGAGAUAACAGUUCCCUCUGAUAAAAUGAUUGAAACACUGAAAGAACAACAGUCUUCAGUUAUCCAGUAGGAAUCAAUGAAGAGACAGCGCUCAUCCAAUAAACAGAUUGAUCACAUAUCAGCUCCAUUUCAUGUAACUAAACCAAAAUUAGUAUCUGCUUUUAGCUCACAGUUCAGCACCAAAGAACAAUAAAAUGUAGCUUUGAGCUGCUUUUAGCUAAUUAUCUGCAAUUCUCCUGAUUUAAACCAGCAUGUAUUUCUGAAGCUUUGAUGAAACCUGUAUUACAACAUAAUUAAUCACAGACAUAUUAGCAUACAUACUUCAUUUGAAAUGAAAAAAAUGAAAUACAACUUUAAAAUGUUAUUGUGAUUACUGUCUUAUUAAGAUAGAAUUUGAAAAAAAAAUCAUGGAACAUAAAUUCUGCUUUUUUUCAUGAUUUGUAUCAUUUAUCUUUUUUUUUUACACAAACGAAAAAUAAAAAAUAAAGUCUGCAUUUUACUUCAGAUGUCAUGUUCUAUUUCUUUAUUACUACUGGUAAAGUCUGUAAUUAAGAUUAUACAGUUCUGCUUUUAUAGUAAAUGAUAUCAUAUCGAAACCGUUCUGACCUUUCUGAGUCCAUCUUUUGAAAUUGAAUAUUUUCGAUUUUCUUUCCUCCUCUGUGAGCCUAACUGAAUAUCUUUCAGGGCCGACAUUGUUUUUUCUUUUGCGGAUGACACAACUGUGGUGGGUCUCAUCAGUAACAAGGAUGAGACACAAUACAGUAGUUAGAUGAGCAACCUGGCCAGGUGGUGCAGCACCAACAUCCUCUCUCUGAACGUGGGGAAGACAAAGGAGAUCGUUGUUGACUUCAGGAGAGGACACACCCAGCAUGCUCCUUUCACCAUCAACGGUGCAGCUGUGGAGAGAGUGAGCAGCAUGAAGUUCCUGGGUCUGUACGUCUCAGAAAAUCUCUCCUGGACCAGAAAUGCAACAUGACUGGUCAGGAAGGCACAACAUUUCUACUUCCUGUGUUAGCUGAGAAGAGCCAGCCCCCCGGCCCUCAUCAUGUCCACCUUCUACAGAGGCACCAUCGAGAGCAUCCUGUCCAGCAGCAUCACAGCGUGGUACGGCUCCUGCACCUCUUCCUGCCGCAGGACCUUCCAGCAUGUCGUGAAAGAAGCAGAAAGGAUUGUCGGUGUCUCUCUCCCCUCCCUCCAGGACAUCUACAGCACCCGCCUCACUCGCAAAGCACUAAGCAUUGUAGGUGACCACACACACCUGUCCCACAACCUCUUCAGCCUGCUGCCAUCAGGGAGGAGACUGAAGAGUUUGAAGACCAAGUAAUUACAA